GUAGCUUGCGAAUAACAGAAAAGCAAAGCAGACAUUUUGAAAUUUGCUUUCGUACUUUUUGGAUUGCGGCAAACUGGCAGAUUUAACAAAUCUUGAUUUAGCAUCUCCUUGUAUUUUUUGGCGCAUUAAAAUAAUGUAAAGUGAUUAAAUUCCUGUUUAUUGUGUAAAUAGUUGAAAAUUAAAAGGUGCAUGUUUUGCCUCAUUCCGUGCAAAUAGCUGGAGCGUACACAGGAGUACGAGAACUGGAUUUCAAGGAAAAAAAUUCAUACUGCUUAAAAACAUCAAUUCGUCAACUUUAAAAAUAACGUUAGUAAUUUGUACCUUACGCAAUGUCUUGGGUGCCCUCUACCGAUUUUGAGGAGGAAGUGGUUUCUAUGCAACCAAGGCAUAACUUUAUUUAUGGCCAACUAUGCGACCCUGGACCGCAAGAAUUUCAUCCUCGGCCCAAAGAGCAUCUGGAUUUCAUAGCAAAACAGAAAAAUGAGAAAAAACAACGCGAAGAAACUUUGACAAAAUCGCAGAACCAUAAAUUAAAUAUUAUUGCGAAAGUUCAGCGCAUUGCUGGCACCAAACCGUUGGGUGAGCAGCCAACCAUCCACGAUUGGGACGACAAUGAGAAUAUAGAGCGAGAAACGAUAGCAAUGAUGAGACAUGUAGGUCUAGGACCGCGACUAGAACAGCCAUUCGACGAAGAAUGCACAAUAGCCUCACAUCCCAUACAGAGUGAUAUUAGAAUAAAUCGUAAUGGUCGUAAACAAAUACCAGUAUUUUUCGAUGAAAAAUAUUUCGAAUUGAAGCCACGCGUUUUAGACUCUCCCUCCUCUUCCGUUGGAACUAGCCCGACAAAAGAGAGUGCAAUAGCACAUAAUGAAUCAAGCGCGUCAAAAGAAAGCAGUAGCAUUGCAACAUCCUGGGACACUUCCAAUGGUCGUUAUUCAGAUUCACCUAAUAGUGGUUUUGCAAGUGCAAUAGAUAUGGUUGGAGAUCAGGAAAGUUUUGAGACCGCAAGAAAUAGUGAUAACGGACACAAAUCGCAGAAUUGGCGAAAAAAUAAAAACCAGACUAGUACACAAAACUGGCGUAAGAAGGACGAUAAUACUGAAAAACAAAGCUGGCGUAAGCGGGACGAUAAUAUUGAAACACAAUCGUCGAUUAAUAGGAGUGCUGAGCACCGAUGUGGAAAAGAAGUUAAUAACCAAAUGCAAAAUAAUAAUUGGACUUGGCGCAAUCCUAGUAACAAGCCUAGUAAAGCGAAAUCAGGUCGCAUGCAGUCACCUCAAUUAUGUUCACCAAGGGAGUUGUAUGAAAAGAAGCGACAAACGGAUUAGAAAAACAAACUAGCACAGUUAAACCCCAAGAACGUAAUUGAAAACUUAAGAGGCGGAAUACAACUUAAAAAAAAAAUAGUGAAAAAAGGGUAAUUUUAAAAUGAAAUCUCAAUGGGCUUAGUAAAAAAUGCAAUUGAGAACAAUUUUCAGUGAAAUAAAAUUAUAUACGUCAAUUUAUUUUCAAAACUUCCAAUCAAGUUUUCAAGAUAUGCUUUAAAGCAUUCAUCCCAACCAUUUGGUUGCAUUUGAACCUAAACCCAUGGAAAUAAUUAUAAGCAGCAAUAAGAAAAGUAAUACAAUUUUAAGAAAUGUGAGGAUAUAUAUUUUUUGUAACGAAAGGUUUAAUAAUAUUUUAAGCGAGUUGUACCCAGUUCCAUGUCAGGUUUAUAAAAAGUUCAUAAAAGUAAAUUUAAUGCAAGUUUCCCAACGAAUGAGUGAAUCCAUCUCUACUAAUCGGGAUGAUAAAACUGCCUAAGCCAUUUAAGUAGAGCCCACUAGCUAAGAGAAGUGAAGUAUCUUUCCACUUGAUAUUUCUAAAACUGAAAAGAUAUCUUCUAUCUCUACCACCAUCAGCAUCGAAUACAUUUGCACUUAAGAGACGACCUAAUUAAAUAUCCGUUAUUGCAUGUCUAACGGCAGACAAAUGAAAAGUUUAAAUAA